AACUUUCUUCCAUCUUCCUCGCAACAAAGUAAAACGAUUUCCUCUCAUUUCUCUUCUUUUCCACUGAUCUCAAGCAAAGAUGCCUCCAAUCCUUCCGGAUUUCUCCAAUUCCGUAAAGCUCAAGUAUGUUAAGCUCGGGUAUCAAUACCUAGUGAAUCACAUUCUUACUCUUUUGUUGAUCCCUGUUAUGGCUGGUAUUGUCCUAGAAGUUCUUCGUUUAGGUCCCGAAGAACUCAUUAAUCUAUGGAAAUCCCUCCAUUUUGAUCUUGUUCAAAUCCUAUGUUCCUCUUUUCUCAUCAUCUUCAUUACUACCGUUUACUUCAUGUCCAAGCCAAGGAGCAUCUACCUUGUUGACUACGCCUGCUACAAACCUCCAAUUACAUGCCGGGUUCCAUACUCAACUUUCAUGGAGCAUUCUAGGCUCAUCUUGAAGAAUAACCCCAAAGCCGUCGAGUUUCAAAUGAGGAUUCUUGAGAGGUCCGGCCUUGGAGAGGAGACCUGUUUGCCUCCUGCUAUUCAUUAUAUCCCUCCAACGCCUACCAUGGAGGACGGCAGGGCAGAGGCAGAGACUGUUAUUUUCUCUGCUAUGGAUGCUCUGUUUAAGAAAACAGGGCUGAAGCCUAAGGACAUCGAUAUCUUGAUUGUGAAUUGCAGUCUGUUUUCUCCGACACCGUCGUUGUCAGCCAUGGUGAUUAACAAGUACAAGCUGAGGAGUAACAUAAAAAGCUUUAAUCUCUCAGGGAUGGGAUGCAGUGCAGGGCUUAUUUCAAUCGAUUUAGCUCGUGAUCUUCUCCAGGUUCAUCCAAACUCUAAUGCGGUUGUGGUCAGCACUGAGAUCAUCACACCCAAUUACUACAAGGGUAAUGAAAGAGCCAUGCUUCUUCCCAACUGCCUCUUCCGUAUGGGCUGCGCGGCAAUCCUCCUAUCCAACCGCCGAUCCGUGCGGGUUCGAGCCAAGUAUCGACUUGUCCACGUGGUUCGAACCAACAAAGGUGCGGACGACAAGGCGUAUCGUUGCGUGUUUGAAGAAGAGGACAAAGAAGGGAAUGUGGGAAUUUCUUUAUCCAAAGAUCUCAUGGCUAUAGCAGGGGAGGCUCUGAAAUCUAACAUCACCACCAUUGGUCCUCUGGUUCUUCCAGCAUCGGAACAGCUCCUCUUUCUCAUGACCCUCAUUGGCCGCAAAAUCUUCAACUUGAAAUGGAAACCUUACAUUCCCGACUUCAAACAGGCAUUCGAGCACUUCUGUAUCCACGCUGGAGGCAGAGCAGUCAUCGACGAGCUCCAGAAGAACCUCCAGCUAUCGGCAGAACAUGUUGAAGCAUCCAGGAUGGCCCUGCACAGGUUUGGAAACACUUCUUCUUCGUCCCUGUGGUAUGAGCUGAACUACAUUGAGGCAAAAGGGAGAAUGAAGAAGGGAGACAGGGUGUGGCAGAUUGGAUUUGGAAGUGGGUUUAAGUGCAAUAGCGCAGUGUGGAAGUGUAACAGAACCAUCAAGACACCAGUUGAUGGACCUUGGGAAGACUGCAUUCAUAGAUACCCAGUUCAUAUCCCUGAAAUUGUGAAGCUCUAAAGGCAUCAAAACCAAAGGUCUGAUUUGGGAGUUUGGGUUAUUGGAUUCAGUUCAUACGUAGUACUUGGUAAAAACACCAAUUCUGGAUCUGCAAUUAGUAUUCGUCUGACUCUCAAGUACAGUCUCUCUUUAAUUUGUCAAUCCUCAAGUAUGUCUGUGUCUCUUUAUUAUUAUUGUUGAUAAAAAAAAAUUAUUGUUAUUAUUAUUAAUUUUCUUUUUAAAUUAUGAAUCUGUAAACUUAAUAUGCCCUUUAUGCAUUAAUGUAACCCAUGUGAGGAAAACGCAUUAGAAUUUAGAAAUCAAUGUUGAUCAGGUUUGUAAACAAGAGGGUUAAUUUCAUUAGCCUUUGAAAAUAAACUUGCCUUGAAGGA